AUGAGAAGCGAGAGCCAGUCAAGUAUCGAGAGCUGCCCGCCUCUAAUCAAGUCCGAGGAUGAGCAAUCACCCAUUCUGCCCAGUCAAGUCUUCUUCAACACUCCUGCCUACAUGCAAACCGACAACGCGAGCUCAGCUGGAUCGGACGACAUUCCGACCACAGCCACAUCCACUGACAUCGAUGCACUGAUGAAGGCCAUCCAAUCCAAGCACACCAAAGCAGCAGAAGAAGCGAGCAAGCCAAUGCCUAGGGAACAGCCUACAGAAGCUUCAAGCCCGCCCAAGCCCAGAAAGAGGUACCAAUGUUCAAUGCCGGAUUGCAACAAAUCGUUCUACCAAAAGACACAUCUCGAGAUCCACACACGGGCACACACUGGCGUCAAGCCUUUCGUCUGCAAAGAGCCUAGCUGUGGUCAGCGUUUCUCUCAGCUUGGAAACCUCAAGACACAUGAGCGUCGUCACACUGGAGAGCGUCCGUAUAGCUGCGACCUAUGCGGCAAGACAUUUGCCCAGCGAGGAAAUGUGAGAGCACACAAGAUUGUUCACACUGCAGCCAAGCCUUUCACAUGCCGUCUUGACGACUGCAACAAGCAAUUUACCCAACUCGGCAACUUGAAGAGUCACCAGAACAAGUUCCACCAAGAGACUAUCCGCAGACUCCGACAGACCUUUGAGAACCUUCACGAGGGCGACCACGUCAGCACGUGGGAGAAGGUGAUGUGGGAGUACUUUACCGGUCUCUACAAGAACUGCAACAAGGGCAUCAAAGGCAGAGGCAAGGACCGCCGCAUCAGCACCACCGGCCUUGGUCUCAAAUUCGAGAAUGAUGACCUCGACACCAGACGCAACAGCUACGCAAGCGUCAGCUCCGCAUCGAGCGGAUACAGCAUGUCCAACGGCAUGGAACAUCUCAACAUGGGCAUGGCACCAUCAUUAUCGUCUUCAUCAACGAUGCCGGAGCAACCGACAUUCAGCUCGCCCGUCUACAUGGUCCCCCAGGAGCAUCGCGCAUCCUUCUAA